CGUCACAACAGGACGAACGAUAAACCAAAGGCACUUAUGUAUCUGUGUGAGGACUUAGCUAGUCACUACCUGCUCAACGAAGAACUUCACUUCCGCGAGGGGUACUAGAGCUAGAAACACGGCUUCCUCUUGAUCCAGCUCCAAAUUGCCAAAAGCAAUGGCGGCGACACAGCUAUCAAAGGAGCUCCUGCGAGCGCAGUUCGUGGGCAAAACACUCCAUUCCGUGCCUACGCCCGCCGCGGUACUAGACCUGGCCAAGGUGGAGGCGAACUGCAACCAGAUGCUCAGGACGGCUCGGAGACUGGAUCUCAACUGGCGAGCGCACAUCAAGACUCACAAGACGGCUGAGCUCACGAGGCUACAAGUGGGCGACGAUGAGAUGACGCCAGUCAACAUCGUCGUAUCGACUCUCGCCGAGGCCGAGAACGUAUUGCCCCUUUUGAAGGAAUACCAGCUAAAGGGACGACAAGUCAACAUGUUGUAUUCCUUCCCCAUCUACCCCUCAAGCGUAGAUCGUCUAGCAGCCAUAUCCUCACAGCUAGGCCCGCAAGGUCUCACCGUAAUGGUCGACCACGCGGACCAGAUCAAGCUCCUAACCCUCCUCGCCUCCAAGGCCGGCAACCCCCCUUUAGUCUUCCUAAAGAUCAACAUCGGCAGCAACCGCGCAGGCGUGCCGCCGGACUCCCCCGCCUGCGUGGCCCUGGUCCGCGAGCUCCUGCUCUCCGAGACCGUCGGGGCCUCCGUCUUCUGGGGUCUGUACAGCCACGCGGGCCACUCGUACGCGUCGCGCGAGGACUGGGCGGCCAUGGGGAUCCUGGGCGUCGAGUUCGGCACCCUGCACGACGUCGCGCGCGCCGUGCAGAAGGACCGCCCCGACCACCCCCUCGUGCUCUCCGUCGGCGCAACGCCCACCGUCAACUCGCUGCACCACCCGGACUUCGACAUCAACGGCGCCGCUGUUGCAAACGGGGGAACGAAUGGCGACAGCACGGCGGCGGUAUCGCAGAUCAAAGAUUUGCUGGCGCGCAUGCGCGCCGAUGGCCUGACUCUCGAGAUCCACGCGGGCGUGUACCCCACGCUCGACGUCCAACAGCUCGCCGCGCACUCAUGCGACGCGCGCUAUCUGAAUCCGUCCGCGAUCGGCAUCACGGUGCUCGCCGAGGUGUCGUCAGUGUAUCCGGGGCGCGGACCGGGGGGCGCGACGGAGGCGCUCGUGAACGCGGGGAGUCUCGCGCUGGGGCGGGAACCGUGCGAGGACAUGGGCAGCGUGAAAGGGCGGCACUACAACGGCUGGGGCAUCGUGAUGCCGUGGGCGGGCGUCGCCAACGUCGUCCCGGGACCCGGGUUUCCGGCCGUCCACGGCGGCUGGCAGGUCGCGCGCAUCAGCCAGGAGCACGGGGUGCUGGCGUGGCGGGGAGGAGGCGGCGGCGGCGGCGGCGGCGGAGCUGGUGGUGAUGGUGGUGAUGGGAGUACGGCGAAUGAUGAGGAGACACCGCUUGCGGUGGGCCAGCGUUUGCGCAUCUGGCCCAAUCACUCGUGUAUCACGGGCGCUGGAUACCCGUGGUAUCUCGUUGUGGACUCGCGCAAUGCGGGGCGGGAAGACGAGAUCAUUGAUGUCUGGCCCCGGUGGAAUGGAUGGUGAUGUGAAUGAUGAUGUUAGCUAGUCUUGCUUUCAUUGCGCAGCUAUCGAAUAUUGCUGACCUAGGAGAUAAGCCAGCAGCGUGUCAUUGUUCCUUAGAUUUGGAUAGCACAUAUAAUCAGAAUCAAGACCGCAAACAGCACUUUGACAUAGGAACUGAUGAAGAAGUUCCAAUAACGGGGCGUAGAGAUCCACCAGCGAUUGCAGCAAUCGGGUUCUUUAAUGCCAAUAACAAUUCAAUGC